UUUGGGCUGUGCGUCCAUUGACUGGUGCUGGUCCGGCCGCUCAGCCUCCGCCGGCCGGCCGUCGCCAUGGUGCAGAUGAUGGAGUCGCAGUGCGAGUACUUCAUGUAUUUCCCGGCGGUGCCGAUCACGGAUCUGUCCGACCCGGCGCGCUACCGCAGCCUCCCCCGCCGCAGUCACCUGUACCUGGGCGAGACCGUCCGCUUCCUGCUGGUGCUGCGCUGCAGGGACUCCGGCGGGACUCCGACCGAGCAGGGCCCCGGGGGUGCUGAUGGAGCCACAGCGGGUUUUGGGACAGAAUCUGCCAGUAGCCGUGCAUGGAGGGAGCUGGCUGGCUCUCUGUGCGCUGUGGCCAGUGUGAGUCCAGGUGAGAGCGGUCGUCAUCGAGGAAACCACCACCAGCACCACGACUACCAGGGCAGCGGCGACGAGGGCAACGAGGACGGCGAGGACGACUAUAUCGCUGCAGCUGAAGCAGCAAUUGCAGCCCUCGGCAGCAGGGUGGACUCUCGGUGUCGCAGCUUCAGGGACUGCAAACCGCUGCUCAUCCACAAUUCAUCUGGGUCGGCACUGAGGGAGUUCCGCAGGGCACCUGUUCAGUCUCCUCUGGACGAGCCGGUGGUUCUGACAGAUGAGGUCAUCUUCCCGCUCACCGUCUCUCUGGACAAGCUGCCCGUCAGCACCCUGAAAGUCAAGGUGAUGGUUACCGUCUGGAAGAAGGAGGCGGAGAAAGUGGAGGUGCAGGAGCUCGGAUACCUGAGUGUCCUUCAGCAACGAGAGCCCACACACACCUUCCGACAUGACCUCAACACCUUCAAAGCUCAAGUGAGCACCACGUUGACCGUUCUGCCGCCUCCAACCGUCCGCUGCAAGCAGAUGACCGUCGCUGGGAGACACCUCACCGUCCUGAAAGUGCUGAACGAGUCUUCCCAGGAGGAGCUGAGCAUCCGUGAUGUUCGAAUUUUACCAAACCUCAACGCCUCGUACCUUCCCAUGAUGCCCGACGGCUCCGUGCUGCUGGUGGACAACGUGUGCCACCAGUCGGGCGAGGUCAGCAUGGCGUCCUUCUGCCGCGUGGACAGCCAGGCCUGUCGCCUUCCCAGCAUGCUCGGCGCCUUGGAGGAGCACGAUUUCCUGUUCCAGCUGCACCUUGACGACAUGGCGCAGGAUGACUCCAAUGAGGGACUGGAGGUUCCUCUAGUCGCUGUGCUGCAGUGGUCGACUCCCAAGAUGCCCUUCACCAACUGUAUCUACACCCACUACAGGCUGCCCAGCAUCCGCCUGGACCGGCCACGGUUCGUCAUGACCGCCAGCUGCCCCAGCACGGUCAGAGUGAAGGAGCACUUCAAGGUGAAAUAUGUUCUGCUCAACAACCUGCAAGACUUCCUGGCUGUCCGGCUCGUCUGGACUCCUGAGGGUCACAGUCGCGUUCAGAGCGAGGACGCUGCGCUGGCAGCAGUGGUCUGUCACACUCCGCUCAGUAACCUCGGUCACUGCCGCAGAGGAAGCACCCUGUCCUUCAGCGUUGCCUUCCAGAUCCUCAAACCGGGCCUGUACGAGCUGAGUCAGCACAUGAAGUUGAAGCUCCAGUUCACGGCUUCGGUUUCCAACCCUCCGCCGGACGCCCGGCCGCUCUCUCGUAAAAACAGCCCGUCCAGCCCAGCAGUCCGAGACCUGCUGGACCGACACCAGGCCAGUCUGGGUCGAUCCCAGUCCUUCUCGCACCAGCAGCCGUCUCGGUCGCACAUCAUGAGGACGGGCAGCGCCAUGGAGCGGCGAGCCAUCACCCCUCCCGUCGGAUCUCCGGUUGGGCGACCGCUCUACUUGCCGCCGCAGGACAAGUCACUGCUGUCGUUGGACAAGAUCGCCAAGAGGGAAUGUAAAGUCCUGGUGGUGGAUCCUGGCAGCUAGGAAGCAAGGAUGCAAGGAGAGGAAAGGAUAAGGACAAGGAAGCAGAGAGAACAGAAAACAGGUGAUGGAGCUGGGUCCAUGUUUGGGAUCAGCUGUGCUGAUCUGAACACUAACAGUCAAAGCUGAACAGCUGUGGCUCAUGAAGAGCAUGAACCGCUGGAAGGACUUCAAGUCUGCAGCUGAAGUAAGUACCUUCUCUUUCAAUCCUGAGGUUUUUAGUGUGUUGAAACGAUAAAAAUGAUCCGAUUGUAGCUGGUCUGGAGCAUUCAGGUGUCUUUCAACUCAAUGCCGAGAGGGAACGACUUCGGCAAAGGUUUUAGAGAAUUAUUACAAAUGUUGCUGCGCAUCUGUCUGGAAAAUGUUAUAACUGAGAAUGUUAGGAGUUAAAGUCCAUGACAAAUAUCCCAGUAUAUGUGCAUAUAUAUAAUAUUAAGACCUGCUACAAUCAGAUGAUUUUAAUUAUGUUUUUACACAAAUAAAAAAACAGGAUUGAAGGAUGGGUAACUAACUGUCUCACUCAACGGUAAUAUUUAAUGUAUUAAUGUAUCUGAAGACUGGCUUACAGGUCCUGACUACUUCGGAUAGUUAUCCAGUAUUUAGCUGUUUGGAGGACCACGUUGUUUGUGGCUAAUUUCAAGGGAAUUAAAGUCACCUGUCUGGACAUCAGGUAGGAAUUUGUCUGUGAAUCUGCUGAGAGACUUAAGUUUUACAGUUUAUCAGUGCGAAGCUUGGAGUUCCAGUUGUGAAUUUCUCCAACGAUUACCACCAAGCUGCACGGGAUUUUCCUUUAACUUAUUGGGAGGAAACUUUCCAGAAAUGGUCUGGAAAACCCACUCUGUGAAAAAGUUUUACCUCAUUGUUUCUGUAUUAUUUAAAAGUGCGUUUAUUUCACUAUCAGUAUCUUUAAAUUCAGCUCUGAGAAUGAAAAAGAACAGGUUUAAUCCAACACUCUGGUCUGGACUGAAAUAACUUAAAUAACUCCUCAAAUCUCAAUGUGUGCUUUGUGUAAGCCAGAGGAUUGUUGUAAUCACUGUUCUUAUCUUGUAAAGUUGCCAUGAAAAACUUUUCUAUUUAAAGGUCCCAUAUUCAACUUUUCUUGACUUUCUAAGGUUUAAAAUGGACUUAAAGUGUCACAUUAACCAGUUUCAGAGUUUCAUACACCGCAGAGUAAGACGAAUUUACUUUAAAUUAGUUUCAUUAAGAAAGACAACUUGAGAUCUACUACUAGCUACCUAGUAGUAAAAUAAAAAUGCAGUAAAAUAAUCUCUGUUGUCCAUCCUUUCUGAAUACCUGGAAUCAGUAUUACAAGUGUCCUACAAAUGUUGUUUCAAGUUUCUGUUCUGUUCCUUUUGUUGUAAACUCCCAAAAAAAACAGCUGAGAGUUCAGGAUCUUCAGUGUUUGUCUGUGGAGCUACAGAUGUCCGAGUUCUGGUCCCUGUGGAACUGAUACCCAACAGCCAUCAGCUCAUCUGUGUUUGAAGGGCGGGGCUCACCAACGGAUCAGCUGACUCUGUUACCAUGACAACUUAACUAGCAAUUGCGUCUCUGACUGGUUUAGGUAACGAGUAAGAGUAGAGUGAGCGGGGAGCAGUGGGAGAGGAACAGCAAACUGAGCGCAGAGAAAACACAAGACAUGAGCGCAAGAGAUCCAGAGACUUUUUUAUAAAAGGAAAACGACUGUUGUGUUUUUUGAACAAUAUGCUUAGGGAUACAAACAGCAGAAUAUGGGACCCUUAAAUGUUAAUAUUUGAUGUAUCUUGCUCUGUACAUAAUUUUUACGCCCAUAUUUAGCCCAACGUUGACAAAAACGUAGUUCUGUAUAAUUUGAUGUCUUGUACAGGUUUUUAUUUCACGGAAAACUAAAAAGACGAAGACUCAUCCUGCACUCAGGGACGUUCUCAAACUGUAUCUAACUGAAUGCUUUCUGAUACCGACUGGUGGGCAGGGCUGAAGCAGACCACUGGCUCUGACCAAUCAGAGCAAACUGCUUUUUGGGAGGGGCUUGGAGUCUUUGGCUUCUGUAUAGGCAGUAAGCAUGCAAAUAUCCCUCUAUUGGCUUUUUCACGGGAGCUUUGAAGGUAGUUUUUGAGCCAGCAGAAACCUAUCAGCCUUUUCACUUGUCAUUUUGUUUUUAAGUCAGAAUUUGAACCCGCCGCCUCCAACCCCCCACUGAGUGUUUACACGAGGACGAGUCCUGGUUCUGAUUGUUUUUGGGAUAUGACGUUUACUUGAAUACAGAAAUGUGGUUAUUGGCCUCUAUGUUUGCAGGAUCUCCUUUUUGAUUACAGCACGCUAUUUGUGAAAUAUUUUACAGAGGAAUAAACAGUUCCGAAAAGGUUUAUGGAACGUUCUUGUAGCUUCAAUUUUAAUUUAAGCUUAAAUCAAUGUUAUUGUGGUUGUCAAUGUGAAACCGAGAAAACUGUCAUCUUUUCUGGAUAGUAAGCAUAUUUAGGCCAAAUCUGGGUUACUUAUCCCAGCCAGAAUGUCCAUGUGGGCCCCAUCUGGAUUAAAAACAGGCUGUUAUGGUAUUGGUGAAUUACAUAAAUCCCAUCAUGGUUUCAGUAUUGUGGGCCCCAAAUGGGGUGUCUUUAUGAGCCAAUUAUGCUCAUAUAGAAUACAAGUUGGCUAAAUGGAAAGAGGCAAUUGAUGUGGGUCCUAUGAAGGGACCAUGGGCUUCAUAGGAAGCAGAGUUGGGUCUCACCUAAAAACCAGGUAGAUCUCACAGAGAGUCCAUGUGGACAAACAGGUAGAACCAGCGUGGAUCCUGUAAACAAACCCAUGUGGGACUCGUAUAUCACACACAUGUAAAUGCUGCCUGCGAUGGCUAAUUUACGACCCAGUAAGUGGUAACUAGUGGGCCGAUUGUGGCACAAACUGGGCCACACGUGGAUUAUCUCAUUCGCUGAAUGGGAUAAUCCGGAUAUUCCGACUUCCAGAAGCAGGCGGCUCAUCUAUGCCAGGCUAGGUAGAGUUCUUAGCAGCUAGCUUUUAUACGGCUUGGAAAAUCUUAUGUUCACUUUUUUCAUCUUGAACUGCUGUAUUAUUUACAUACUACAAAGCUCAGACUUAGGUGUUACUUUUAUGUAAGUUUUUUUUUUUUUGUUUUUAAAUGUUAGAAUCAAUACUAGACUGAAUGAGCUUUACGUCUUGUAACUCAUGAGGUAGCAAUAAUUAUAGUAGUAUAAUUAGGGUAUAAAUGAUGAGACAAAAGUAAAAAUGUGAGAUUUAAGUGAUACUUUUACAUCUGGAAGUAACAUUUACACGUAUAAACACAAAAAAAAGAAUAAUUUCGUUGAUGAUGCAAUCAGAACCAGGAAACUCAGUUAAGCAAAUGCUCGGUCAAGACGUCACCGCUUAUGUCGACCAUCGUCGGGUCCAAACUCCUCAAGACUGUCACCGAACAUUCCUGCUGAUGCAGCUUCAUAGAGAUGCCAGUGACUUUUAAAAUCAUUUCACUUCCAGGAAAUCUUCCUGUCCCGCUAUUUCAUCGUCACGGGCCGUAACGCUGCUGUAUUAUUUGUUUCUGUUUUGGAUAUUUGGGUCUCCAGAUUUUGGGAAAAUAUAAAAGAAAAAGAAACAAACAAAAUAAACUGCAUGAUAGAAUGUUUCAUCAUUAAAAUGAUUUUCAGUGUCACAAGUUUCAUGUUUUGUGGCUUUCAUGGGAAAUAUUUCACUUCUGACAGCACAUCUUU